AUGGGAGCAGAAGUACCAACUCUCAUCGUUUGCUUAUCUAUUUCGUUGUGUUUCAAUAUCGGAUUUAUCAUAUUCCUGUUCAUAAAACGAAGAAGCAGAAACAGUCCCCAAUACAGAAAGGUCGAGAAUCCAGAUGUAGAGAGCUUUCCGAAAAACUCAUCAUCGUUCGGAACGAAUCCACAAAGAAGUCCGGAGAAAGAAAAAGAUAUAAAAGACCCACCGUUGAAACCAAUUGUCAAUGCGAAAAGAUCUUCAGAACAAGCAAUAAGAUCAGAUCAAGGGGCUCCAAUCGUGAAAGAGCCACAGCAACGAAGUGACCGUCAACGACUUCAGGAACCAAUAGGACGGGAGGAAUUUGUGAAAUGUAUGAAUAGUGUUGUUCAGUUUAUCAACGAAUACUUUGAUGAAUCGCAUAAGCAACCUGUUAUUCCUGAACAUGAUAUCAAUUCGACGAGAAUUCACGUGAAAGUACCGGAGAAACCAGAAGAAUUUAGUGAAAUCCUGAAAGACUUGAAAGAAAUUGUUAUUCCAAAUAUUUGCCACACUCAUCAUCCUCGUUAUCACGCCAAAUUCGCCGGAAAAUCGCUGGCAGAUAUUGUUGGAAGUACAGUUUCUGCAGCUCUUGGGCAUGAUGUGAAUUCUUCUCCAAUAAUUGAUUCCAUUGAACGUAUCAUAUGCAAAUGGCUCUCUUCUGCAAUGGCAAUUCCACAGAUGAAAUCAUGGUUGAAUGAAUUACGGGAACCGAUUGGUGCUGUAUUCUACACUCCUCGUGAUGUCUUCAUUUCUAUAAUUCGUCAUUCGAUCGAGAAAGCAGAGAAAACAGAUGAGAGUUCACCAAAAUCAGAUAAAGAACAAAAACCAAAGUUUUCGGAUUACGUGGUUUACUGUAGCGAUGAUUCUCAAAUUGCACUCGAAGAAGCAUGUAGUACAAUGAAAGUGAGACUCCGAAAAGUGAUUACUUUUAAUAAGGAUUCAUCUGCUAUGACGUCAGCAAAUCUUUUGAAACAAAUGGAAAAAGAUAAAGCAAGAGGACUGAUUCCAUUGGUCAUUGUAGCAAAUUAUGGUUCAGCGAAUGUAGCUGCGAACGAUGAGAUUUGGGAUUUAGUCAAAAUAUCAAGAAAAAAGAAAAUCUGGCUGCAUUUGGAUGCCACGUAUGCAGGAUGUGAAUGGCUUGAUUCGAACUGUAGAAACAAUAUUCAUGCAUUGAUCUCUGAACUUCAUUCUGUUCAUAUUGCAUGCUCUUCUUUAUUCCCAUAUUCCGGAAGAAUUUCAGUUGUUUGGAGUUGUGAAAGAUUAGAUAUAGAAGGGGCGAAAACUCAUUAUGGGGAACAUCCGAUUCGUUUGUGGAUUCUGAUUCGUCUCUAUGGAAUUCGAUCAAUCAGAGAAGCAGUUAAAAGAAAGAUUAUCCUCGGAAAUGCUUUCUCUGAACGACUUACUCAUCAUCCGGAAUUCUUUGAAAUGAGUCAUCAAAAUGACCACGGAGUUGCAGUUUUCCAAUACAGAAAUAAAAAUGUGAAGGAUCAGAAGAGGGAUGUGAACAGAAUGACUUCAAUGUUUCAUAAUUAUCUCAUUCUGUCUUCAACUCUGAAGUUCUCUCUUCUCUCGUACCAUGGAAAAGUUAUGAUCAAGGCAGUUGUCAAUUAUGGCAGAUGUAAUCUUUCAAUCAUGGAAGAAUCAGUUUCAACACUUUUGAAUAGUGUUGAAGAAUUCGAAGAGGCUCUGAGUAAGUUGAAAUAA